ACCAAAGUGAACGUUCGCCUGCGUCUAUAGGAAUAUCGUUUAUUUUCAAAGUUAAUAAUUAUUUUAAACGAGUUUUUAUACGUUACUCGAUCUGUUAAUUCCGUGAUUAUAUCGUUUUCCUUAUAUUUUUGUUUCAUUUUUUUCCUAAUUCCUCGAAACGUCAAGAAAACUAUUUUCGAAAAGAAAAAAAAACACACACACAAAAGAAGAAUUCUACGGGACAGGACAAAAUGCGUAAUCUAGAGAGUCAAAGAAUUUUGAAGGACGAGGAAUGUUUCGAAGUGGUAAGGAAGAAACUUCAUCGAGAUUGCAUGGAGGAUUUCUCCUUGAUCGAUUACGAGGUAGUGCCCAUAGACGGUGUCAAUGGUUACAUGGGUCAAUAUUUUAAACUCAAAGCUAGGGUGGCGCGUCCGAUGACACCAUUGGAAACGAAGGAUUUAAAUUUCUUCACAAAGAUACCACCGCCUAUCAGUAGUCCACAAUAUGAGUUCAUUCAACAGUAUGGUACCUUCAAGAAAGAGGUCGAACUUUAUACCAGAGUAUUUCCUGAAGUUUUGGAUGGUCCUGAACAAAAGUAUAUACCAGAGUGUUUCUUGGGUUUGGAGAAUGACGUAAUCGUGUUGGAAGACAUGGCACAUAGUGGAUUUAUUAUGACAGAUAAAUUCGAACCAUUCGAUUUUGAACAUUGUCAGGUGUUGAUGAAGACACUUGCUAAGUUCCAUGCAAAGUCGUUCAUCUUCGAGGAACAAUACAAAAAGAAUUUACACGACGAAUUUUCUCAUUGCAUGCAAGAAACACUUUGGUCUCACAAAGAUGGUAAAAGCAAGGCCAUGUUCGAUGCUGCUGUUAAGGGUACAGUUUCCAUGAUCGAGAUCAUACCAAAUUUGAAUAAAAAUCAGAAGGAAGUUUUCAAGGAAAAACUCAUCGAUUUAUCGGCAAGUCACAUGGAUAAAUUAUCACCCUCGUCUAAGCACAAAAACGUCUUAUGUCAUGGCGAUUUAUGGGCAAAUAAUAUACUAUUUAAGUAUGACAAGGAUAAGAAACCGAUCGAGUGUUGUCUGAUAGAUUUUCAAUUAGCCAGGUACAAUCCACCAGCGCAUGAUAUUCUAUGCUUUUUUCAAUUCACGACUAGUCGAGAAUUACGGGAUAAACAUUGCGAGACCUUGUUAAAAAUUUAUUACGAUUCGAUGACAGAAGCAUUGAAAGAAGCAGGCUUGGACAUAUCAAUGAUCUUUCCAUGGAUCGAAUUUAUGUCGUCGAUUGAGGAUUUACGUACUAUGUGUAUUAUUCACGGUAUCUUGAAUACACCGAUCAUGCUCUUGGAUCCUGGCGCGGCCAGCAAGUACUUCAGCGAGGAACCUGAACUUCUCGAAAGUGUUCUCUAUGUCGAUAGGACACCUCUUAUUUGUGGACAAUUCGAGAAUGUACCGAAAUAUCGGGCCAGAAUGCUCGAGGGUUUGCUCGAGUUAUAUGAUCGUUUAGUCGAUUAAAUUUCUUCAUUUUUUCGUUUAACAAAGAAAGUAUUCCCUGUAGUCUAAUAUUGGAUUACUAUUCGAAAUAAUCUGUAUAAUUAAAAUAUUAAAAAUAUUGUAAAAAGUAAGAAUUUUGAAAAUAAUUAUUCACUCAUUUCAAUCUUUGAUAUACAUUGAGCUUGCCUCGAUUACGUUACGGAUAUAUUGAUUUGGUUGAUUUAAUAAAAGUGUCCGAACAAAUCUAAGAUUCUAAUAAACUGCAAAAGUAAUUAAUA